CUAGUGCAUACAUGUUUCAAAGGAAGCUAUUUAGUAUUUUUUCCUCAAGACAACCUUCACUUGCGACACGAGUAGUUCUGUUUGAAGUCACGCUUGCUUUUGAAUGUAUGGUGACGGCUAAAUUAUCUAAAAAUGUUGCCGAAUUUGAGAAAAGCGUUAGUCUCUGGAAUACAAAGAUAUAAUUCUCGACUUUUUUCUGCUUCUCAAACGAGUGCCAGAAAAGGUUUAGUUCUUGGGGUGUAUGAAAAAGAUAAAGACGACGACAACAACAGCGUGUUUCUCACUGAUGCAGCUGCUGCGUUCGACAGAUCCGUAUCAGGAAAACUCCGUGAGGUUCUGUCAGUAUCUGGACCUCCCUUAAAGAAGGGAAAGAGCCGGAUAUUCUACGGAUUGCACCAGGACUUCCCGAGUGUAGCAGUAGUGGGUCUUGGCCAGAAAGGAGCAGGAGUGUGCGGGAAGGAGCACUGGGAUACCAGCAAGGAGAACAUCCGAGCGGCUGUAGCAGCGGGCUGCAGGCAGCUUCAGGACCUAGAGCUUCCACACGUGGAGGUGGACCCGUGUGGAGACAGUCAGUCAGCAGCAGAGGGCGCCGUGCUCGGUUUAUUUGAGUACGAUGAGCUUAAAAGCAAGAAGAAGCCCCGGGUCGCUCCACAGCUAUACGGCAGUGGAGAUGAUGAGGAAGCGUGGCAGAAGGGUGUUCUGUAUGGAGAGGGGCAGAACCUGGCCCGGAGAUUGAUGGAGGCUCCAGCCAAUCACGUCACGCCUACGGUUUUCGCCGACACGAUCGAGCAGAAGCUGUCUCCCUUCUCAGAUAAAGUGACUGUCCAUAAAAGAGCCAAGUCGUGGAUCGAGAGUGAGCAGAUGGGAGCGUUUCUCAGCGUGUCCAAAGGCUCAGAGGAGCCCCCUGUCUUCCUGGAGCUGCAUUACUCCGGAAGCCCAGAUUCCACCCAGGCUCCUUUAGUGCUCGUAGGCAAAGGAGUCACUUUUGACAGUGGUGGAAUCUCGAUAAAACCCUCCUCUGGUAUGGACGCCAUGAGGGCGGACAUGGGCGGAGCCGCUACAGUGUGUUCGGCCAUCGUCACGGCAGCUGCUCUGAAACUGCCAAUCAACAUCCUAGCUUUAACGCCUCUCUGUGAGAACAUGCCUAGUGGAAAAGCUACCAAACCAGGAGAUGUGGUGAAGGCAAAGAAUGGCAAAUCCAUCCAGGUUGAUAAUACUGAUGCUGAGGGUCGUCUGAUUUUGGCUGACGCCCUGUGCUACGCUCACAACUUCAAUCCCAGGGCUAUAGUCAACGCUGCUACUCUUACCGGUGCUAUGGAUGUGGCAUUGGGUUCUGCCGCUACAGGUGUUUUCACUAACUCUGACUGGCUUUGGGAACAGCUGCAUAAGGCAAGUGUUAUCACGGGCGAUCGGGUGUGGAGGAUGCCACUAUUUCAGCACUACACCAGACAAGUCACAGAAAGUGCUCUGGCAGACCUGAACAAUGUUGGAAAAUAUAGCCGCUCAGGUGGAGCGUGUACAGCCGCCGCGUUCCUGCGGGAGUUCGUAACAGCCAGUCACUGGGCUCACCUGGAUAUUGCCGGGGUGAUGUCGAAUAAGGAUGAAGUUCCCUACCUGCGGAAGGGGAUGUCCGGGAGACCCACGCGGACGCUCGUCGAGUUUGCUGCUGCCUUGGCCUCCGAGUCUUAAAGGGAUCUUUGACCUCUUGGACCACAGGAGCGAAAGGGGUUAAUGUUCCGAACCGCUCUUUUGCCAGCGAAAAAUGUCAAAUUCCCAACAUUUUUGUGGAACAAUUUUGCAGGUUACCAAUCACUUAGUAGAUCUUGAGACCUUGGUCUUCCUCAAAGUGGUGGAUGAUGAUGAUCCUCCCAAAAAUUAUUAGUGGGUGUUUUUGUAUGUAACACGUUUUUGAAUUUCAACCAAAACCCGGUUGUUUGUUUCUUUGUUGUUGUUUUUUUUCUGUUUUCAUCUGAAGGUUUUUCCCAGGCUGCCUCACAUUUAUCAGCAAAUACACCAUAUAUACUGUACUGCUCCUUUGCUGUGCUUCCCUAUUUAAUGAUUGAUUGUUUUGGUUUUUUUUGUGUGCAGCUCAUAUCAUCACUGAUUCAAAAAGCUCUUAGUAUAUACAGUUAAAGUUAAUACUAAGAGAUCAACACCAUUUCAAUGAUCAGUGCUUGCAUUCUUACAUUCAGACGUUGGUCUUCAAGUCACCUACCUGUUUAAAAAAAUUCAUUAAAAAAUUUCAGGAUGCAGUAACUGAACUUUUCUAACAAUAAUGCCCUUGUGAACGCAUCGUGAAAGUAUGUUUGUAAGAUACAAGGAUGGAAUUCACACCAAGUACCGUUUAACCGUCAAAAUAAACGUAUCUGCGUUAA